AUGGCCGCGUAUACUGACGCAUUUCCAUCCAACUGGUUCUCGUACCAAGACUUCAAUUUCGUAGUUGACUCCAACAGCAACUCAAACGGCAACUCAAACAACGAGUCAAACAUUGCGUCAAAUCUCGCGAUGACUGAUUUGCUUAACUUUGGGAUUGAUCCUUCAAUGACAACGCUUGAUCAGGAAAGCUGGGCUAUCGAACAGCCCGAACCAGCCGCAAUGGUGCCAUUGGAGAACGACGCGCUGGUUUCCGGCGCACAAUUUCCCCUCGAUCUUCCUCCGCCCCCGGAGUUUUAUAAUGUGCAGGAUGCGGCGUUCAUAGCGCCGGACUAUCCUAUCUAUCCUAUCUAUCCUAUCUACGACCCCUGGAAUCCGUUCCACGCUUACUUACCCCAGCAGCAUGGGGACCAAACCUUCGGGAAUUUCAAUGAUAUCUACCCUAUUGCUGGUGCGCCACUCGUACCAGCCCCGGGACUCUGGUCUUUUUCACACCAGCCGCAAGUUCCAGAGUAUCAGGUAGCGGGUUCGUCGUCUACAAGUAUCAUGACGGGUGAUCGCAUGCAGAGCUCGAGUCUUGGCAAGCGAAAGCGGGGGUCGCCCUCGUCAUCUACCCCGGCCUCAUCGUUUUCCUCACCGUCGUCAUCCUCACCGUCUUUGCAAAUCACUUCGAGCUCAUCAUCCCCGUCAUUAUGCCAUUCAUCUUCAUCAUCCGUGCCUUCUUCCUCGAAAUCAACUACUCGCCAGCCCCGAAAAGAGCCAGUGCAAUCGGACAAAGUCCCAAUCCGCUGCUUGUGGGAUAAUUGCACUUACGUCGGCGUGCCCAGAGAUCUCUGGGAACAUAUAGUUACGGAUCACUUGCCCCACAAACGGAAAGUCUUCAACAACCCUGUGCUCCCUUUCAGAUGCAACUGGAAUGAUUGCCCCGAAACGGGGAUGCUGCCGCAAAUGAUGCAGCAUUUCAGAUCUACACACAAGCUGGAACUCUCGCGGCCUGAACGCGAGGGCAAGGAACUACACGAAGCAUAUGAGGACAAAACACUGCACUUCGGGCUUGGCGCGCUGCCCUUUGUGUAA